AAUUUGUUUGGAUUGUGAAAAAAUAAUAAAACAAAGUAUUAAUUUCUUCACUCAAUUUUCAAAUGAGCAAGGGCAAGGAAUAGGUUAGAUAUCAACAAAUUAAUAUGAGUAAGUUACCAGAUCUAGAAAAAAUAGAAAAAAAAGAAUCUUCUGAGGAGAUUAUGACGGAGUCAAUUAAAGUUACUUAUAAGUACAAAGAAAAUGAUCCUAAUUAUAUGGGUGACAAAAUUGGAACAGAUAGGAAUUUAAUACAUGGCCCUAUAAAAAAUAGAGGAAUAACAGAUUGCAUUUGUUCAUUAUUAUUUAUUGGGUUUUUAGUUGGCUUAUUUUUUUCUUCUAUUUACUCAUUCUCUGAAGGUUCAACUACUUCCUAUGCGCUUCCUUAUGACACAGAUGGUAAUGUAUGCGGAAAAUCAUCUGGCUUUCAAAAUUAUAAAUAUAUUUUUCUGUUGGAUCCUUAGUCUGGUGAUUAUAGUAAAUCCGUAUGUGUAUCAUCUUGCCCUACCAAGACUUAGGAAUAAGAUAUAGUAGAAUUUAAGUGCAAAUAAAAUUCACAAAUCUAAAUUGAUAGCAACAAUGGAUUAUGUAAAUUAUCGUCAGCUAAAUUCUUUAACACAACAAAAUAUGUAACAGCUUGUAUCCCUGAUGACGAGGCUUUAAAGGCAAAAACAUAAAGCUAUCUUUAACCUUCAUAAACUUUCUAAUAACAUAUGGCUGACUUAUAAGCUUCAUGGCCUGUUAUGCUAGGAUCAAUUUUUAUUUCUCUAGCCAUAGGUUAUAUUUAUUUAUUCAUGAUGAAAAAAUUCAGUGGAUGCUUAACUUGGUUCUGUAUAAUUACUGUUAUAUCUUCCUUUUUUGUAGUAGGAGGUUUAAUGGUUUCAAACGAUACUAUUGGAAUUAUAAGCUCUGGUACAGUUGACAGCAACUAAAAGGAAGGAAUUAAAGUCCUUGGUAGUUUUUGUAUCAUAUUUGGAAUAGUAAGUUUACUAUAUGUUCUCUGUAAAUGUAAGCAAAUCAGAAUGGGAAUCGCUUUAGUUGAUGUCUCUUCCGAUUACACAACAGAUGUUUGCACUUCAUAACUUAUUCCUUUUGUAAUGUGGUUUAUCUAUGUUUUGUGCCUCGUAUUUUUGUUACUAGCAGGAGUUUAUGCAUAUGGCAUAGGUGAAGAAUCUGACUAACCACAAAACCCUUUCAAUAAGUAUAUCUAUAACUCAAAUAGAUAUUUAAUUCUAUUUUAUAUUUUUGGACUGAUUUGGAUUAGUGAAUUUCUAUCUAUUUAUGCCUAUUUUUUAGUGUCUUCUUCUGCUCAACAGUGGUAUUUUAAAAGAUCUUAUUAAAGUCUGCUAAAAUCACCAGUCAAGUAAGCAGUGAAGCUUGGAUUCUAUCAUCUAGGAACUUUGGCAUAUGCUUCAUUGGUGUUGCCUCUCUAUACAAUAGCUAAUUUUAUUUUUGAAAUUUUUUAUGGAUGCGGUAAGGGGAUUUAAAGUAAAGAAACAGAAAGAAAAAGAGCUUAGAGUUAAUACGACGCAGAGUGGGAAAAUAAUUCUAAAGAUUAAAUAGAUAAGGUUUCUAAUUGCUGUGUAUCUUGCUCGAAUUUGUAUGAAGGAAGAUUUAGGUUUGUUAAAAAAGAAGGAAUUAUUUAGACUGCCCUUACUGGAAGAGAUUUUAAAAAGGCUUGUCAUGAAAGCUUUUAUUUAAUGAAAAGAAAUGAAAAGUAUUUUAAGAGUUUGCAAGGAUUAGGAUCUUUGAUGCUACUUCUUGGUAAGUGCUUUAUUUGUUGCUCAAGUACCUUUUUAUGCUAUCUUAUUUUGAGUGAUAGCGAGACUUAUAAAAAAGAACUAUAUAGUCCAGUUUUACCUACUGUUUUAAUAACAUAUAUUACAUUUACAAUUGGAAAUAUAUUCGUCACUGUUUACAGUUCUUCUUCUGAUAGCAUAUUGUAAUCUUUUUGUGUAGAUGAAGAAUUACAUAACGAAAUGAAAGAAUCAACAGGCAACACACCUCAAAAGCUUCUUUAAUUUCUUGAUAAAUAUACUGAUAUUAUUAAAGAUUAAAAGUCUGAGAAAAUAUGAUAGUAGCUCUUAUUAUUUUUAUUAAUUUUAAAAUUGAAAAUAAUUAUUUAUUAUUAUUAUCAUCAAAAGUUUUGUUGUUAGCAACAUAAUUUAUUUUGUUUUGAUUUAUCACUGGAUAUGAAAAGUAUAUUAAUGUUAAAAAUAUAUUCAAUUUUUUUAUGAGCAGC